GUCAGCUCCAGUUGCUAGAUGUACUCCAACACUUCACCAAGCAGAGAAGGACUCAAGAGGAAAUAAGCAACGUUGGAGCAUGAACAAGACAGAAUUCAUCGUUGUUGCAGGAUUUGCCAUAUCAUUGCUGUUCCACAUGACCCAAACCGAAGUCUGUCCUCCCUCCUGCAAUUGUGAGUCACUGGGAGAAAUGAAGGGUUUGCACAUAGACUGCAGCUCCAGGAAGCUGACGGAAGUGCCGGCCUUGCCCGUGAACACCAAGAGGCUUUAUCUACAGAACAACAGCCUGACCUCAGUUCCUCCUGGUGUCCUGGACAGCUUGCGUAGCCUGGAGGAAGUGAAAAUAUUUGACAAUCCUUGGACCUGUGACUGUCAUAUUCUGUAUCUAAAACUCUGGUUAGAAGACGCCUCUGCACCCUCACUUGCAGACAUCAGAUGCGCAACCCCAGCUUCCGUGAGGAUGAAGCCCUUGGGGCAGCUGACUGGGAAUGAGCUGGGGGUUUGUAAGAGGCUUCUCCCAGUCAAGUGUCUUGAGUUCUUUUGGAGAGACCUCAUUUUAAUUGCUGGAGCGAUAGUUACACUUCUUUUAGUAGCAUGGGCUCUGAAACUCUCAAAAAAGCUGGUCUGCCAGAUAAAGUUAAACCAACAUAACUCAAGGGGCUGACUGCUGGGGAGAUGUACCUCCAAAACCCACAAGAGAAAAUGAACUGUUCACUACUUCUAGCUUGAACAGAAAUAUCGAACUAUCCCACCACAAAAAAGCACAUGCACUGGCAACACUCCUUUUAAUGGUGAGCAUGCUACAAACAGAUCCCAGCGCUCAAAGUCCGGGUCCUCAGAUAGGCAAAUUUCAUUUAAUCCUUUCCAAAAUAAGCUUGGUGAUGUAUUGACAGGCAAGUUUCAUUCUGCUGCCAACUAAUCAUAUGAAAAACUUUCUAAAUUUAAAAAAAAAAAUCAUUUUACAGCAUUUCCCCACUGAAUUCUCAGCUCUUAUAGCAAGAUGUCCCCAAAUCCUACACUUUUUAAUAUAUAGAGAAGAACACCAAUUUUACUAUUUUAGCAAUUUU